UGUUUAUAUAGCAAAUCUUGCUCUCAGACACUGUUGUUUAAAGUUAAUUUCUGGCCUAUAUCGAUAUAUUUAGCCAUUGAUUUAGUGAGGUGAUCUGAUUAAAAGCAGAAAAUGUGAAUAAAACAGUUGACAUCAACCAUAAAAAUGGGAGUCUCUGGCUUAUGGCCCCUGCUCAAUGCAGUUAAAAAAUGCACCACCUUGUCAGAGUGCACUGGGAAAAAGUUGGCUAUUGACUUGAGUGCAUGGAUACUGCAGUGUGGCAAAGUGAAGCAGUCUGGGUCCACUAAAAUGGAAGAGGAGUAUUUGUGUUUUAGGGGAAUUUUCUUCAAAACACAGAACCUUCUUUCUCUUGGCAUAAUACCUAUAUUUGUUAUGGAUGGACCUACGCCUCCAGCUUUGAAAAAGAAGACUAAAUGUAGAGAAAUAUUCUACCAGAAAACCCUUAAGUACAAAGAGCUGCUGCUUGCUAUGGGGACUCCAGUGGUUGAGAGCUGUGGUGAGGCAGAGAAAACAUGUGCAGAGCUGAAUCGACAACAUAUUGUUGAUGGUGUAUUGACAGAUGAUGGUGAUGUCUUUGUUUAUGGUGCACAAACCAUCUUCAAAGGGGCAUCAUCUUACAAAAAGGGUGAGCCUACAGAGAAAUAUGUGAUGUCAGACAUAACAUCUGAGCUUGGACUGACACAAAGGGACUUGGUUGUGUUUGCUCUGCUCAGCAAAGGGGAUUUCUGUGAAGGGGUUCAAGAUGUUGGAGAGAAGAAGUUCAUGGAGAUGUUGAAAGAGUUCAAACAAAAUCUAGUGGAAGAUGCUUUAGAAAGAUUGAAGUCCUGGAAAACCAAUGAAGAUCUCAUGUCUCUAACAGAACUACAGACCAACUGGUUGGAACUUUCUAAAUCAAAACAUUGCACAUACUGCAGUCAUGAAGGGACAAAGCAGCUCCACAAAUCAUCCGGCUGCAUCCAGUGUAAAACCUUUAGGAGCUGCACCCAAACACCUGAUUCACAAGAAGCUUGUGAUAGAUGUACGUGUAGCUACCAUGCUGCAGAGUCCAGGAUCAAGCCAUACAGAACAGAGCUGAAAAUACGGCAGGCAGCAUUGAAGAGUAAUCCUGAGUUCCCUGAGGAGGAGGUCAUCAGGGAAUUUCUGGAGCCCGCAGUGCUUCCCCCUGACUUGAACACACAGCUGAGUGCCCCCAACAUCUCAAAGGCUUGUGAUAUACUUCACCAAAAUGUCAAGAUAGCGCAUUGUAAGACAGUGGAGUAUCUUAAAAAUACUUUUGUCAACAUGAACUUGUAUGGUGUACCAACGGCUUAUCAAAUCAAACCAACCAGUAUUUUAAAAAGCCAAAGACAUAACUUUGAGCAGUGUUACCUGACUGAGUGGCAAAUUGAAGGUAUGGAUCCAUCUUUGGGUAUUGAUGCAAGCUGUGAGGUCCAGGUUCCUGCUGAUGUCUUCAAGUCCAGCUACCCAGAUCUGGUUCAACAGUUCACAUCUAGAGGUAAUAAAAGGAAAGCUGAUGUAAACCUUGCUCAACCAACUAUCACAUCAUUCUUCAAAGUAGCAAAAACAGACAGGGUUAGUAAGUAAUAUGACGGCUUGUAGAAUAGGCUAUCGUUUUAACAGCUCUCACAAAAAUUACAUAACUCUGUCAACUAAAUAGCAUAACUUUUUUUUUUUAUCUUACUGAAAAAUCUGCAAGUGCUUUCAAAUUAAGAUCAUUACUAAUCUAACAUAAAUGGUAAACACAUUUAUUAUAACUAAUUAGUUCUAAAAGUUGUCAAUUUUGUAUAAUUAGUUAAUCAGCAUUAAAUACAGAGUAGUCAAUGUUAGCAGCUGUUUUAUGCUGUUAUUCCCUUGAAGAUCUCUUUCAAAAAUUUUAAAAUUACUUACAUCAUUUAUUUGUUGAAAUGUCAGUGGUUUCUUUUUUAUAAUUUUUAUCUACAAAACUGAUGUGGUUACUAUAAUAUAUUGACAAUAUUUAAACAUUUUUAAAAAUUGUUUUAAUAACUGUCAAUUACAUUUAUGCUUAAAGAUUUAUUUAAUUGUUUUAAGAACUGUCAUUUUAUUUUUUCUAUAAACAUGGUCAAAAAUGUAUUUAAAUGAUUUCAUAAAUGUCAUUUAAUUUUUACUACGAUGAAAGUCAAAAAAAAUUAUUUUAUUCUUUUGAUAACUGUCUUUUUAAAAAAAAAAUUAUUUUAUUUUUCCAAUUUUAUUGUUCUAUUAACUGAUAUUUAUAUUUUUACAAGGUCUGUCAAAACAUUUAAUUUCUUCCUAGUAUUGAUUUUAGUUUAAAUUAUUCUUCACCAAUCCACUACCAGUAAGUUGGUGCAUAUAAAAUAGGUGUAGCCUAUAUAACAGAGCUGUAUUAUUUGAGCUUGAGCAGAGAGGUAAAGGCUAGAUCACUUGGGGAUAAACAAGCCUAUUUGUUUUCUAUGAUAUUUUUUAUUUAGUUUUCAAUACUCCCUUUUUGUUACAUUUUAUCACUGUCAAUGUUUUACUAUAAACUCUGGUUCUUAAUUACUGACUGGAAUGAUGUAAAAAAUCAAAUAUUGUUACUGCAAGACAAAUUUUACUCUUUUGUUAAAAAAAUUGUAUGAAUGAACAUUAAACAU